CCGGAAAUUGACCAUGGUGUAGCUCUGUUGUCUGUCCGUGUUGUUGUUUUCCAGUGGCAGCUAAUGAUCGGGCUCAGAUUGAUUGAUUGUGUUGAUCUGUGUAGCCAUGGUGUGUCGUAAACAAAAACGAGUUUGGAAAUACGUGGAAGGGGGUAGUCUACUGAAGCUAAAAUCCUACCUGCGUAAACAUAAAGACCUCAACCUCAACUUUAUUCAGGGAAAAAAAGAGAGAACCCCGUUGCACAUAGCCUGCUCAAACGGGGACGAUGCUAUUCUCCGACUACUAUUGAAACAUGGAGCUGACGUUUUUCAGAAAGAUCGUAAAGGCGACACACCUCUACACAUUGCGGCAAACAGGGCUCUCAAGCACGGCACGAGAGAAUACAAUGACCUGGUUGUACCGCUUCUAAGAAUAAAUCCGGAUAUCAUGAUCAUAUCAAAUAAUGCGGGAAUUACACCUCAGGACCUGCUGCAAUGGAUGAGGACUGAGAAGAACCAAAAGCCUUCCACAAGUACAAGUUCUUUGCACAAAAGCAAUCCUGAGAAGGAAUGGCAAGAAAAGCUUUUUGGGGAAUGCCAGGAUGAAUUCUUUGAAACCUUUGGACAAUACGAUGACGAUGAAUUUUUACAAGACGAUGCAGAUGAGGAAGACUUUGGCUUCUGGGCCGACCGAAUCAGAACCGAGUACUUUGCGAAGCAGCAUGCCCAGACCCAAAGACUGGCAGCCUCCGGCUCGGGGGGGAAGAAGAGGAAGAGUAAGGCCGAGACGGAGGAGGAGGAGCGAAGCCGCAAGGAGCUGCACGAGAAGCUGCAGAGAGAGCACGCCGAGUACCUGGCGAGGGCGGCGCGGAAGGAGGAGGAGACUCGCCAGGGGAAGAAGCAGCGCUACGAAGAGAAAUGUGCAGCCACCUUCCAGAGCGGCACGUCAUCCGCCACCACCAAGCUGAGCUACGGGGACAUCCCCUGGCCCGCCCCCAAGGGCACCGUGGAGGAGAUGGUGGAGGUGAUGCUGCACGGGGCGGACAGGGAGGAUGUGCCGGUGUUCCGGAAGGUUCUGCGGAGACAGCAGGCCGUCUGGCACCCGGACCGAUUCGACCAGCGCUGUGGAGCCCGUCUGCAGGAGAAAGACAAGCAGAGGAUCCUGGAUACAGUUACGGCUCUCUCCCAGGAACUCAACAGGCUGGCCCAGACCCUGAGGUGAUUCGUCAGGAACGGGUGUAGGUCAUAGACAUGUCCUGUCGUUUCACAGGCGUGUUUAGCCACAGAGUUGUACAUGGCUCCUUACAGUACAGAACAAUAAUGAAUAGUAUCCAUAGAAAGUACUAUGCAAACUGAAAUACUUGUGUAUGCAAAACAUGCUCUGCUAUUUGUGUGGAAGGUGUGUCCUCUUUGGCCUAGGAAAUGAAUCAGAGCUUCUCCAGCUGCUAAAUUCAUAUUUUAUGUGUUUGUAAAUGUAUUUAUAUACCUGGGAAUAAAAGUUGGACCUAUGUAAUGCUAUAAAUAUAAAUACAUAUUUAUAUCAGUACAUGUAUCUGCCAU